AGUGAGAACUGAUUAUGAGCACUUGCCAUGCAGGUUUAAACCUGUCCAAACCUGCACGACAAACGUCAACACUCUCUGCCGUUUAGUUGAUUGUCAAUCGCCGUUAAAUGCAGUUGUAUUUCCCUUUGUUGCCGGAAUCAUGCUAAGUUUAAAAAUUGAGCAACGUGUCAAUUUGAAAUUUUUAGUAAAACUGAACAAAACACCAACUGAAUGUUUUCAAAUGCUUACUGGGGCUUAUGGGGAAUACUGCAUGUCUCGUGCACGUGUGUUUGAGUGGCACAAAAGAUUCACUGAAGGACGUGAGAACGUGGAAGACGAUGAGCGCCCUGGACGACCUUCUACUUCAAGAACCGAAGAAAAUGUAGAAAAAAUUAAACAGAUGGUUCGAAAGGACCGUCGACUCAGCGUCCGAAUGAUAGCUGAAACCAUAAACAUUGACAAAGACACUGCGUGGAAAAUUUUGCGUGAGGAUCUCAAUAUGAAAAAAGUUUAUGCCAAGGUAGUUCCCAGGGUUCUCACACCAGAACAAAAAGAGUGCCGCAAUAAGUUUGGACCGACAUUCUGCAGCAAGUUGAAGCGGACCCGAACCUUUUUCAAAAAGUCAUCACAUGUGUUGAAACCUGGAUCUUGGAGCACGCGUAUGAUCCUGAAACAAAACGACAGUCAAAGCACUGGAAAACGUUGUCAUCACCAAGAAUGAAAAAAGCUCGUCAAAGCAAGUCCAAAUUCAAAGCCGUGUUUUUGACAUGAAAGGUGUAAUUUUGGCAGAAUGGGUCCCAGAAGGCACAACAGCGAAUCGGCAUUAUUAUGAGGAAGUUUUGACAAAGCUCAGAUAAAAAAAAUUCUUCAUCAGGACAGUGCUCCUUCUUACACAGCACUUUCUGGGAAGCAGUUUUUGACCGACAAACACAUUACUACGCGGAACAUCCUCCAUAUUCGCCAGACUUGGCACCUUGUGACUUUUUUCUUUUUCUUAAAUUGAAAUCGGUGCUUAAAGGAACACGUUUCGAGUCAAUGGAAUGGAUGCAGUAAAGAAGAAAACGUCAGUUGUGUUGAAACAGCUGACAGAAACUGAUCUGCUGCACGCCUUCGACCAGUGGAAAACAAGAUUGCAUCGGUGCUUAAUUGUGAAUCGGGAGAACAUUGAAGGGGACAAGCAUUUGAAUGGUUAUAUAAAUAAAAGUGAAUUAUUGUGACAGGCUCGUUAUUUAAUAGACAGACCUCGUAUAGUGAAUGCCAAUUUAGUAUCGACAAACCAUCAUGCCUACAGGUCUUUGUACUGUGUGAGGAAAUCGGAGAGCACCAAAAAAAAAAAAAAAAAAACCCACGUGGACACUGGGAGAACAUGCAGACUCCCAGGGGUAGUUUGCCACAGUGCAGCCCUCAGUUCAGUAGAUGCUUGUUAACUGCUAAGACUAUUUGAUGGAUUGUCAGAUUCGUACAUUUUAAAAACAUACACAUGUAGAUAAUACAGUAAGUGAUAAAAUUAACUUGAGUCAUUUCCAGUGUAAUACACAAUUGUUCAAAGUUACUGCAUUGAUGUCUAUAUGUGUGUGUAUACAAUAUUUAGAUUUUCACAGUACACUAUAUAAUUCUGUUAUUAAACAGAAUAAAUUCUAGAUUCAUUUAAGCAUAUAUUAUAGAAAACAUAAUGUUAAUAAAUUAUUUUUUAAAACCACUAAUAUCUAUAUGCUAUUACAUUAGUGAUUCUCAACCUGGGUCAUGGCUAUCAAUUUUGGAAAUACACCAGUGCUGAAUUCAGAGGAUAACGAAGUAGCUUAUGUAAUUAAGUUAUAAAAAACAUCUGAGAUUAAUUAAAUGAGAUGAAUUAUUCUGCACAAAAUAAGUUUCUUAUAUGAAAAAUCUAGAUAGCAUUUUGUCACUUAUAAGAAGGAAGCUGGCAUCAUUGUAUUGUCAGUGUGCACUAUGCUCUGAAUGUUUUCUGUCUCCCCUGUUAGCCUUUAAACCCCUCCUCACCCAAUUAUGCAAUAUGCCACAGUUUCUUGUUACACAUAAAAAUGAUUCUUUUUGUACAAUUUUAAAGAUUUAAGCAUUGACUUACAAGCUUGGUUGAUGGUUACUUUAUUGUUAAUGUAUAUUAUAAGAUGAAGUAAUUUGUAUCCCUGAGUAGUCCAGUGGUAGGCAUACUGUAUGUAAUAUUCAGUAAAUUUUCUUUUAAGUCAUUGCCAUAUAUUCACUUUAAAAUCUAUUUAAGAGACAUCAGUACAUUUGUAUUUGCCUCUUGUAUUUAUUUAAUCUUUUUUUGUAUAUUGGGAAAAAAUAUCAAUUUAAAAACAUUUAUGAAACGUGAAACUGAAUUACUGUUUUUUCUAUGGUCCUUGUUUUAUGUGUCUGGUAGUUCCAUUGUAAAUUUGCUUGGGAAACCUAUUACUUUCUGUGUUUGUCAGAAGUGAAAAAUAUUUUGAAAACACUAUGUACUGUUUUAAAAGGGUUGGAAAUUAUAUUUUUCAUGGGCUUUGAUUUCAGAAAUCUUCAUUAAUGCAGUUUGUCUUUGAAUGUUUCCGAAAUUUUCAACAAUUUUAGUGAACGCUAAAGCAUUCACAACAAUGCACAAAAAACAUACAUUCUCAGACCUGUUCUCACUGUCUGAAUGCUAGGCAGGCCUAGACCUGCACUGCCAAAACCAAAGGCAUUCUUUAAACUAUUCAAUACCAUACUUUCUUUUUUCUAUUUUUUCAAUAUUGUAGCUCCAUGUGUACACUCCAGCAAUAUCUAAAGCACAUGAUAACCAAUAUACUAAAAAUAAUUACAUAUUAUGAUAAACUUGCUGAAAAUAGACUUCUUUUCAAAAUUCAAGCAUUUGAUACUCUGCAACACUGAGUUAAUAAACAUUCAAUAUGUUGAAGCUAUUAUUCAAAGAUAAAGAAUUAGUAAAACAUGAGAAGCUGUCUGAUAUCACUUGUUUUUUCAUAGAUCACAUAAAGUAUUGUUUUAACUUUUUGAUAUUUAGUUUGUUUUAUUG